AAUCAAAAAAAUGUGUCAACAGGGCCGCCAACGUGACUCGUUUAUUUGCAUCAACAUAACCUCGGAAAAAAAUUGUGGGGCAAAACCAUAUAUAUAAUACUCGAGUAUUAUAUAAAUAUGGGCAAAACGUGCAAUAAGUGUAAUGUUUGUUCCUAAAUAAUCAUAAAACUCGUGAAAUGUUCAAACAGUGUCGCCAACUGUUGACCAUAACCUCAAAAUGUCGGAUUACGACCGUGGAAAAUACUACGGAAAGAAGAAAUUCGCCCAGAAUAAAGACCCGUCAUCGAGUUAUGCCCGGAGUUACUACGGCCGGCGCAGCCCCUCCUUCAAAGACUCAAAAGAGGCCCCAAAACCCGACACGCCUAAAGUCAAACAACCCACAAUCCUGCUCAAAGCGCGCGACCACUCCGAGGAGACGUCAUUGUCCCCAAAACGGGCCCAAAAAGACCCCGAACUAGCCCCAACCGCGCCUGAAACCCAUGCAGCCCCCAGUGUCAAGUCCAUGACCAAGAGUGUCAAGUUCUUGGACGAGUCGGUCCUGUCGGAAAACCUCCAAGAGUUUGUCCAGGAAAACAGCGAUUUCCUCGUUGUGGGGGUCGUGGGGGCGCAAGGAGUGGGCAAAUCGACGCUCUUGAACCUCAUAGCCCACAAUGUCGUCGGGGAGGAGCUGAAAAAGGCGAUUUUCAGGAAUUGUGAAACGCCAAACGAGGAUUUUCUCGUAGAAAAUUUCAGUUUUCCUGAAAGUAAGUCGGAAAUUUUCAGGAUACAGACGGGGGAUGAUGUGGAAACGAACAGGAAUGCCACGAGGGGCAUCGACGCGUUUAUAACCUCAAAUCGGGUCAUUUUAUUGGACUGUCAGCCUUUUAUGUCUGUUGCUGUUUUGGACGAUUUGGUUCAAAGUGAAAAUAAGCGUUCGAAUAUCGUUAGUGAGUUUAUUCCACUUGAAAACAGUGGAGAAAUUCAAGGGUUGCAAUUAACUGCGUUUUUAAUGAGCAUUUGUCACGUUUUAAUAGUGGUUCAGGAUUAUUUUUUUGAUAGUAAUAUUGUCCGAUUUUUACAAACUGCUGAAAUGCUGAAACCGACUCAUUCAAAUCCUGAAGAUGAGCUAAAUGACCAUUUCCCCCACCUCUUAAUGGUCCACAAUAAAGCCCAAAUGGAGGAUUUCUCCCCAAGGAAAUUCGAAACGAUUCAGGAAGUCUACAAUUUACUAUUUGAGAAGACAAAGCUUCAAAAAGACUCAAAUUUGGGGCUAGUUGAGGGCGAGGCUUUUAACGUGUUCCUCGUCCCGGAAUACAACCCCAAACUUGAAAAUAUCUACAAUGGACACCCACCCUUGGAGGACCUUGUGAAAAAACUUAGGGCGAAAAUUUUGGGCGCGAUUAAGACCCCCUUGACUCAUGUCCAACUCACGGAAAAAACCUGGCUUGUCUAUUGCUCCAAAGUGUGGGAAAAUGUGAAGAAAAGCUCGUUUUUUAUCGAAUACACGAAACUGAUGCCCUGAAUUUUUUUUGACUUUUUUUUUCAGACAAAAAAACAAUUUUGUGGUCAAAAUUAAACGUAAUCUCGUUUUUGUGAAAGUAAGAUGAAGAAAAAGAGAUAAAAACCUUGAAAACUUGAGACAGAAAAUCUUAUAACAUUGUUGAUUUUGUGUUAUAAUCAAAGAUUUUAAUGAAUAAUCAACCAAACUAUUUAUUUAAUACUAAUUUUCAAGAGUUUCUUUUAAAAUUCUAAAAAAUUGAUUUGAAAUAUUAACAGUGUCACACAUUUCAGUCCCUUUUUGUGUUCAAGACUUAAUAAAGUUAGUUGAAAAAUUUGGUGUAUAAAUAAAUAUGUUGGAUUAGAGCAGAGACACUGGCCGGGGGUGUGGUGGCGCAGUGACACAAAGCCCCGUUAUCAUUUAA